CGAUGGGAUGGCAGGACUUGGCACAGCUGAGACAAGGUCUUCUCCCACCAGGUCAGACUUUUGCUGUCUCACCUGGGUACACAGUAAACCCAGGCAACCCCAUCCCUCAGGCCGGCAUAGAAGGAGUACAGAUGCUUCUGGUGGUCUUUAACCACCUUGGAACCAUCAGUGUCAAAGCCUGGAGGGUGUUUUUUUGGGGUUUGAAGCUUUCCCUGGUCUUUGGGUGUCUCGGUCUGUGCUGUGGUUCGUGUCACUCAGCUGGGUUUCUGUUUAUUUUUGUUUCCUGUGAUUAUUAUCAUAAAGCUGAGUGUUGUUGACAUAAGAUAACAUCUACAUUGCAUAGACUUCCUGUCCCUUCGUAGCAACGUUGCCCUGAAACCGCUUAGACUUUGUGUCGGGAGUGGCCACCCUGCCCGUGCCCUCACCCUGACUCACUUGACAAUGGUUUAAAAUGACAUCAGCGAUGAUGCGAUACAGGGCUUAUCUGCAAGAGAGCUCAGCCAUCGCCUGACCCUGGUGGUGCUCUUGCUUGGUUGAGAAAUGCAGGUGAUGCCAUCGAAGGCACGCUCGAGGAGAGGAUGCAAAACCCCCGCGGUUUCACGGUAGCGAUGGGCAGAGGUAAUUUGCUUCCUAAAUUGAGGAACGGGAAAACCUUGGCAUCUUCUCCAUCGGGCACGGCGGGUUGGAGCAGUACCCGCUUCCCCCCAUCCCGGGAUGCAGCGGUACCUGACCUGGGGAUGGAGCUGCAUCGUUUUCGGAUGCUUUUCCCUCCCUGGAGUGAUGACACGAGCCAUCCAUGUGGUUUUUCUACCUUUGUGGCACAUUUAAUUUCCAUCAAAGUUAAAAAGAAGAAACCUAAAUGGUUCCAACCACAUGUCAAGGGCUCCUGUGUCCUGUUAAUGGACUGAUUGUGGUGCCAGAGGGAUGUCGGCAGGAGGAAAGAGCAGCCAUCCACAGCACCUCAAAAGGAUGCCAGCAAUAGCAUUGGCGGUGAGGACGGAGCGGCUGUGCAGCCUCCAAGGUAGGGAUGAGCAGUGGCAGGAGAGGAGAAGACACGCUUGGGGAGGAUGGACAACCUCGCUGCUCCGAGAGAAGCAAAAAGCCUCGAUGCCAAUGAGUGGAAAGGUGGCAGGAGCCGGGCGCCAGAGCCCACGGACCAAAUUAGCUUCGAGCAGCUGCCUCGGCGUAGCUGAAGGCUGCGAGGUCUCGGGUUGCUCCGAUGCCAGAGCUAAAACUGGAUCAGCCUUCAGAAAAAGCGAGCGAGACGCCGAGAAGUAGGAGGAGGAGCGAGGGCUGGGCCGCGGGAAGCCCGGGCAGGGAAGUCCUUCAGCCGGUUGCAUUUUCUGCUCCAGCUCUGGGGCUGCAAAUGUGAGAAGGAAGCAAGAAAAACUUCUCCUGGUUUAUUUUUUUAUCCCCGUGGAGGAUUAAUCUUGCCGCUAAUACAGCUUUUAACUCACAAAGCGCCUUAGAGGAAACCACGCCAGGAGUGCGUUUUGCAAGAGAGAAACUGAAAGUGUGAAGUGGGGAGAGCAGCUGCCCUCCUGAUUUCAGCCAUCGGCCAGCUCAGGGCCACUAUCGCUCUCCCUGCCUGCAAAUAGCAGUGGGUUUUCCAGCUUCUUGGCUUGGAGGAAUAUUUAGGAGAAAAUAUAAGAGCUCCGGGGCUGUGCAGAUUCCCAUCCUGGGAACCCACAGGCGUGGAAGGAGGAGGUUUCGGUUCUUCAGUCCGUCUGUUUGAAGCCAGGAGGAGCAGCCCAGCAGCGUCCCUGGCACCAAACCACGGUAGCCGUUCAGCAGAUACGUUGGGUUUGCGUGGCUUGGCUGCGUUGCGGCGCCCGUGCGGCCUACCCAUGAGCUCGGACUUCCAGCAUUACAGUUUCAGGAUGCCGAACAUCGGGUUCCAGAACCUGCCUCUCAACAUAUACAUCGUGGUUUUUGGCACGGCCAUCUUCGUCUUCAUCCUCAGUUUGCUCUUCUGUUGCUACUUGAUCAGGCUCAGACAUCAAGCACACAAAGAGCUUUACGCCUACAAACAGGUUAUACUCAAGGAGAAGGUGAAGGAGCUGAACCUACACGAGAUCUGCGCCGUUUGCUUGGAGGAGUUCAAGCCCAAGGACGAGCUGGGGAUCUGUCCCUGUAAACAUGCCUUCCACAGAAAGUGCCUCAUCAAAUGGCUGGAAGUGCGGAAAGUGUGUCCGCUCUGCAACAUGCCGGUGCUGCAGCUGGCCCAGCUGCACAGCAAGCAGGACCCCGGCCCCCCCCAGGGCCCCCUCCCCGGCGCAGAGAACAUCGUAUAGCUCCGCCGCCCCAGGGACUGCCCCGCCGCCGGCCCGGGGGACUCGGAGACAACCAAAGCACUACGGCACCAGCACGGAGGGACAGGCGAGGACGCGGGCGGCCGGGACGGGAGCCCGGAGCACUUUAUGGGGGGGGGCACGUCCCCGCCGGCCGAAGCGGAAGAGCCCCGCGCCCCAAAAACUUGCCUCCGCGGAGCCGCGCCGGGAUGAAGGGUCUCGCGCUCGAGCCCGGGCUCGAUUCCUCUCCCGGGACGUCGAGGGGACUCCGGGUCCUCCGCGGGCGCCUGCACGACAUCCUUCUUCCAGCACAUCCCUUCUCCUGCACGACGUCCGCCGGGAAGCGGCGUGGGACACGACGGAGCAGCAUCGAGCCACCCGACGGUGCCCGACAGCCUCCUGCAACGCCGCGACGUGUGUUCCCCCCCCCCUCCCCGAACGCCCCGGUACGCUUCCCAGCCCUGCUGCCCCCCCCCCCCCCGCGCCCCUCCGCCGCUGCCAAAAACGAUGCCCAAAACGCGGGGUGGGGGGGGGGACGGGGACACCCUGGAGCAUCGUGGCUGGUUCCUGCCCCGUUCUCCUCUUUGCCCUUAUUUUAACAGGGUUACCUUUGCCUUCGCAACCUCUGCCUAGAAAAUUGGGUCUCGGCGCAGCGACGCCGGGGUUCGUGCCGCGGUGGUUGGGUGCCUCCUCGGCACCCGCUGCUCCUCCGAAAGGGCUAACCGGGGCGGGGAAGCCGGCGUCGCCCCCGGGAGAUGGCAGGGGGGGGGUAGUUGCGUGGGGUCUCCCGGGUUUCGGUAACCCCACUCGCCCUCCCCGUCCCCUUCCUCGGCGCGAUGGGCUACCUCAGCGGGGCCGUUAGUCCCUCCGAUGGGCGCGAUCCUGGCGGGGAGGCGGCGGUGGGGGGGGCAGGCAAAAAUCCUGCCCUUUGGGUUCAUCCCAUCACUUUCAGCCUGGCCCCGGGGGGAAUUUCUGGGCGAGGGACGCAUGAGCCGGCAGCUUUUUGCCUUGCCAAAACACCCCGACCCAACCGUCGUUAAGUGCAAAAGCUCCUGGUGUGGGGGGGGGGCCUGUGCCACCCCCUCGCCUCUCUGACCACCUCGCGGGGAGAAUUCGGGCACCGUAGCAAACGCCCCAGCGUCCCCCUCUAUCUUUGCAACUCUUAUUCCUUUUUUUUUUUUUUUUUUUUUUUUUUUGGGGGGGGGGGGGGUGCGGGGGGGUGUCAGUAUUACACGGCGGUGGCUUUCCCAGCGCCCCCCCCCUCCCCAGGGUGCAGGAUGGGGCGCAGGGCUGGGAAGGCUCCGGGUGUCGUCCCCCCCUCCUGUAAAUACCGCGGGACUCCCGAGACUGUUUAUGGAGCGUGGAGCCUCAUAGACGUGUUUGUACACUACAAAUUCUGCAGCAGAAUAUUUUUUAAAACGUUCGCUGUUUUUUGGGGGUUGUUUUUUUUUUUUGUAAGCUAUAUUUUUGUAUAUUUAAUUGCUAUUUUAAAAUUCUAAUAAUGCGUCUUUUUUGCUAAUCACACUAUUCUUAAGGAAAAACGAGGAAAGAAAAAAAAAAACACAACAGUUUGCAUGU